AAGACUGGUGGCUACAGCUGCCGUCUGGUCUCACUCUCCCUCGUCCGAUUCCUCUUCCGACACGGAAACCCUGAUGCUAGUAGCGGCGGCAAUCGAUUCCGAAUGCGGAGUAAAUAUUUGUACGUUAUAAUCGACGGACCCGUCGAUUGAGCUCUCCGUUUGCGGAUUGCUGCAGCGAGGGCCGAUUUGUAGGUUGAUUUGAGUUGUUCUGGUAGGGAUGGAAGAGGAAGUGAAGGGUGCGGCCGCGGUGGUGGAGAGCCUGUCGAGGGCGGUGGAGGAGAUCGCCGCCAUCUCCUACCACCGGAACGCGUACAAGAAGCAAUUUUGCAACCUCUCGCGCCGGGUCAGGCUGCUGGCCCCCAUGUUCGAGGAGCUGAGGGAGAGCAAGAAGCCGAUUUCCGAGAAGGCGGUGACAACGCUGGCGUCGCUCGGACGGGCGAUCGGCUUGGCCAAGGAGCUUCUCCGAUUUGGUAGCAGGGGGAGCAAGAUCUCUCUGGUUUUGGAUAGAGAUAGGAUGAUGAGAAGGUUCCAAGAAGUUACAGCUCAACUAGAACAAACUUUGGGUGAAAUUUCUUUUGGUGAGCUUGAUAUAUCAGAUGAAGUUCGAGAACAGGUUGAGCUUGUGCGUACUCAGUUCAAAAGAGCCAAAGAACUGUUGGACACUUCUGAUGCUGAGCUUUUUAACGAUCUUUCAUCUGUUUAUGGUAUGAGCAUCCAUGCCAAGGUUGAUCCUGUCUUACUAAGGAGAUUGGCAGAGAUGCUACAGCUGACGACCAUAGCUGACCUCAAACAAGAAUCACUUGCCUUGAAUGAGUUGUUGGGCGAUGAUGACAGAGAUCUUGGAGAGGCUAUUAAAAAGAUGUCUGUGGUUCUCAAGAAGAUCGAGGAUUAUAUGCAGACUCAGAACCCUGAUAUUUGCAUUCCAGCAAGUGCCAAGGUUUUUACUUCUGAUGAAAUGGCUAAAGCUCCAGUCGUUCCUGAUGAUUUCCGAUGUCCUAUUUCGUUGGAGUUGAUGAGAGAUCCAGUUAUUGUGUCUACUGGACAGACUUAUGAACGUGUGUUUAUCGAGAAGUGGCUGAAGGCAGGACAUGUCACAUGCCCAAAGACACAACAGAAGUUAUCCAGCACAUCAUUAACUCCAAACCAUGUGAUUCGCGGCCUCAUAAUCCAAUGGUGUGAGGAAAAUGACAUGGAACUACUCAAGUACCCCGCCCAUCAUGGUCCUGACAAUUCAUUCUGUUCUGCUAAAGAGCAUGCCAGAGUUGUUGAUCUCAUUCUCAAGCUAUCAUCCGAGAGCUCUGAUGACCAAAGUACUGCCGCUGCUGAAAUUCGCCUUCUAGCCAAGUGUAGUGGUGACAACAGAGUUUGCAUAGCAGAGGCUGGCGCUAUUCCUCUCCUUGUGGACUUACUGUCUGCGGUUGAUUCACAAACCCAGGAGCAUGCCGUCACUGCUCUUUACAAUCUCUCCAUCAAUGAGCACAACAAGGACAAAAUAAUUGCUGCCAGGGCUGUGGUUGGGAUACUCCACGUGCUGAAGAGGGGUAGCAUGGAAGCACGUGAGAAUGCUGCAGCCACACUCUUCAGCCUUUCUGUUGUGGAUGCGAACAAGGUUAUUAUUGGUGAGGCUGGUGCAAUUGAACCUCUUGUUUUGCUGCUCAAUGAGGGCAGCCAACGGGGCAAGAGGGAUGCAGCAGCAGCACUAUUCAACCUGUGCAUAUUUCCGGGUAACAGAGGGAAGGUUCUGAAGGCUGGGGUGAUGCCAACUCUAAUGGGGCUUUUGAUGCAUCCACAAGGAGAUAUGGUCGAUGAGGCCCUUGCUAUUUUGGCAAUCCUUUCAAGUCAUCCCCAGGGCAAGGUAGCAAUCGGAGCUGCUGAGGCACUGCCUCUGCUGGUGGAGCUGAUCCGAAGUGGCUCUCCUUCGAACAAGGAAAAUGCAGCAACCAUCUUGGUGCACCUUUGUAAUAGUGAGGAGCAGCAUCUGGCUGCAGCACAGGUGCAAGGUGUGAUAGGGCCAUUGUACGAAAUGACAGAGAGUGGCACCGAUCGAGGCAAGAGAAAGGCGGUGCAGUUGCUUGGGUGCAUGCACAAAUUCCUAGAACAGCAACACGAGGCUCGAGAUCAAGUUCAGGCAAAGGCUCAGGCUCAGGCUCAGGCUCGAGCACAGGCACCGGCAGAUCAGUAAAAGCCUCCGGCGCGUGUGAAUUGUUUGAUAGACACAGUAGCUUACUCUUGACCAAUUUGAUGGACCUCUAUGUUACUGCUUGCUGAUUUGUAGACGAUUUGUUCUUUUGUUCGAGUUGCGGAGCUAGAUUCCAUAGCCUCGACCCCGACAGAUGUUCGGGGACUGGGGUCACAAGCUUGAAAGAAGGCUUGUGCCGUGUGACAUGGCUGUGAUAUAUCAUCCUCGGUUUUUAUGGAGGAAUAUAUGUAAGCCUGAUCUCUGACUCCCCAAACUACAACAUAAGAAUGUCAAUUUGAAGUCUUUUAAUAAAAUUAGUGAUCACGGUUUGAGUUAUUUA